AUGACCACCUUCAUGGUAGUCGACCUUCCCUCAGCUUACAACGCCAUCCUCGGCCGCCCGACACUUAAUAAACUGAAAGCGGUGGUCUCCACCUACCACCGAGCUAUCAAGUUUCUGACCUUGGCAAGAGUCGAGGUAUCCCGAAGUGAUCCUAGAGAAUCAAUGCGGUGCUAUCUGACAGCGGUCACUCUUUCGGAGAAGUCACGGCCCCAGCAAGCCUCGGAUCCAUGUGAGGAAGCCAAGAUAUCGACACACUUGGAACCACCUGAACAACUCACCGAAGUAUCCUUGAAGAGGGAUCGACUCGACAUGACCGUGAAAAGAAACACUGAUGUGUUCGCAUGGUCCUCAAAAGAUAUGCCCGGAAUCAAUCUGGAGGUGGCCCAGCACCACCUCAACAUCCACCCCGAGGCACGACCUGUGAAGCAAAAACUGAGAAAGUUCAUCCUCGAUCGGAAAAAGGCAAUCAGCGAUGAGGUAGACCUCCUCAGAGAGGCUGGAUUCAUAACCGAAGUGAAAUACCCCCGGUGGUUGUCAAAUGUAGUCCUUGUUAAGAAAUACAAUGGAAGUUGGAGGAUGUGUGUUGAAUACACCGAUCUCAACUAA